CCUCUGUAACCAUGAACUUCACUUUUGAUCUUUCCCUUUCUCUGUUGCUCCUCAGGAACGUCUAGAUGCAUUUGGAAGAGACUGACCCACUGAACUUCAUCUUUUCUCCCUGAGCGUUUUCUCUCUUUCAACUGCACUUUCCAUACGUGUUUGAGAUUAUACUGACUCUGGAGACCCCGGCUUCGUCUCAGAGACCCUCCUCCGGUGAGGGCUGAAACAAACAAGCUAAGGAAGCUGGAGCAGCUUCUGCUGCAGGAGGAUUUAGGAAUGAAGCUUCCAGACAAAUUCAGGGCUUGGUGCUGAUGUGGUGUGAUGAAAGGACAGAAAACAGGGCAGCUGAACGAGAUCAAACAUCCUGUGUGAGAGAGGAACGUGACGCUGUGAGGAAACGGAGCUCUGUUUAUCUCAAUGAAGAAACUCUGAGAAGACCUUCUGUUUGAGCAGAAACCUGCUGUUCAUGAGUCCAGCUGCUGUGCAGAAACAUGGCUGGACAGGCUUCUCCGUGCCUUUCCAAGCUUCUGCAAGUUCUCCAGACUUUUCCAAGCUCUCCGGACAUCUCCAGGCUCCUCAAGGCUUCUCCAGAUUUCUCCAGGCUUCUCCAGACUAGGUGACUUUCGUUUUAAGAAGUUCUUGAGUCUAUUUUAAGCCUCGCAGCUCUUGUGGCUCGUGACGCAGGAAAUGACCUUAUUUGUAUUUUGGGGGAGUUUAAUUCCUCCAGCUUGAUAAGUGGGCCAAAGAACGCCCCCGCCCCCCCCAGCCUAGGUCUGAGUCGCAGACCUGGACUUUGCGCUCCUGAACCUGAUCAGCUGAGACGGUUCUCCCAUGCAGCCGGCAGGGCUGCAGUAAGAAGAUUUGCGGAUUUGUUCUUGCCUUCUGAUUCGCUGCAGCGCCUUCGGCUGCAGGCUGAGGAUGAGUUGCGCACUCUUCUUCCUGAGGUGCGUGACUUUUCUCGUCAAACAUGCUUGGAAGUGAGCCCGGCUCUGCGUAAAACCGGAGAAGCUUCGUGUGCGUGGCGCUCCUCAUAGGAUGCAGACCUCGCGCGCGCCGUUCCCGCGGACGCCGGGUCUUCUGGACACGGUUCAUAGAUGAGAAGUGUCCUGGAGAGACGCGCGCCCCCCCCUCCCGGGGACUAUGACGGAAAACCUGACCGGCUUAAACGCCACGCAGCCCGCGGAGGAGGCGCAGCGCAACUUCCCCGCGCUCAUCUUCGGGGUCCUGCUGGUGGGGGCCGUCAUCGGCGGGAACGUGCUCGUGUGCCUCAGCGUGUACGUGGAAAAGGCGCUGAAAACCACCACCAACUACUUCAUCGUGAGUCUGGCCUUUGCGGACCUGCUGCUGGCGCUGCUGGUUCUGCCGCUCUUCGUUUACGCAGAGUUCCAGGGGGGGGUGUGGACCUUAAGCAUGGCCAUGUGUGAUGGACUGAUGACCAUGGACGUGAUGCUGUGCACCGCAUCAAUCUUCAACCUCUGUGCCAUCAGCGUGGACAGGUUCAUCGCCGUCUCCAUCCCCCUGAACUACAACCGUAAACAUGUGGAUCAGCGGCAGCUGGUCCUGCUGUCCGCCACCUGGCUGCUGGCCUUGGCGGUGGCCUCUCCGGUCAUCUUUGGCAUCAACAACGUGCCAAACCGAGAUCCCGGCGAGUGCAAACUGGAAGACAACAACUACGUGGUGUACUCAUCCGUGUGCUCCUUCUUCAUCCCCUGCCCCAUCAUGGUCCUCCUCUACUUUGGGAUCUUCCGGGGCCUUCGCCACUGGGAGGAGACCCGCAAGGCCAAACUCCGCAGCAGCAUUGAGGCGUGCAGGAAGCUGCAGCACGCCGCCAUCGCCACCGCGCUCCCGCCGCUGGCGGGUACCAUUCCUGGCCCCCUCCCCAUGCCUCUUCCCAGGAUUAUCGAGAGGGAUCUGGCCCAGUCCAGGCUGGACGACACGGGGGACUACAUCCAGGAGUUUCCCUAUCCCCGGCAGUACAGAGAGAACUCUGUUCCCACGGUGACGUUCACCCAGCUGCAGAACAGCAGGAAGAGAGCCAAGAUCAACAACAGGGAGAGGAAGGCCAUGAGGGUGCUGCCCGUCGUCGUAGGCUGCUUCCUGUUCUGCUGGACGCCGUUCUUCGUGGUCCACACGAUGCGAGCCCUGUGUUUGACCUGCAACAUCCCCCCCGCUCUGAUGAGCACGGUCACCUGGCUGGGUUACGUCAACAGCGCCCUCAACCCCAUCAUCUACACCAUCUUUAACACAGAGUUCAAGAAAUUCUUCAAGAAGUGUUUCCGCAGCUGCUGCUGACAGCGGCACCGACUCCCCCAGGAUGAUCUGAUGGCGGUCGGGAAGGAUCGGGAGCUGCUUUGACCGGAUCCACCGCGUGUGACGGCUAGGUCCUGAUGCUGAGGGACCCCUCCCUUGAAAGUAUUGAAACUGGAGGAGCGCAGGAUCAAGACCUGCCCCACAGCUUUAAAGCAUCUCCACUUUCUCAUCGGCGGGUGGAGCUUUGGAUUUUCAAACUGAAAGGAGCUCCAAUCAUGAUGGUACCACCUCGGCUCUGAAGCAAGACCCUCAUGGACCGUGGAGCGAAGAGCUUUUACCUGAACUCUGUAAUGAGCAGCUUCAAAACCAAACAGGAAGGACCUCUCUAUGACCCUCCAUGGAGGGUCAUAGAGAGGAGUGGCUGCAUCUUAGGGGGGGGCGCAGGUGUGUGUUCCAGUUCCGCUCAGGCUCAUACGGCCACCUUAAGGGACAUCAUGAAAGUGGAACGUACCAUUGUUGUGCGCGUGGUAAGUGUUUCGUGAAUUACCCAUGAGGAUAAUGGAAGUUGCACACACGUAUGACGGACAGCUUUUGCUGUUGUAUGGUGUUAUUACGCCACCCUCUAGUUGUUAGUGAGGUGUACUGGCUCCUUAAUGACCGCACGCAAAUGCUGCACACGUAGGAUGUGCACGUGACAUGUAAGUGCACGUAGAACGCCUGCAGGACGUCCAAGGAAAGAAAACUCUAAUUUCAUCAUUUCUAACAGCAAGGAGCGUGCACGGCAACAGAGCGGCACUCACAGGUGUGUUUUUUACAGUCCUCUUGACUUGAUAUUUGGCACGGGUGACCUGCAUGUCCCGUACGGGUUUGACCAUUUUCCCCCGCAGCCAGCUCUGUAAGGGCAGUGGAAACUAAGGCUUAAGAGUUUCACUCCAGAAAAUGUCUCCACACACCUUAACGUGACUGAAAAGGUCCAAACUCAGACGUCCUUUGAACUCAGAACACAUUCGCCUUAGAGUUGUUUCACACGUUUGAGAUCAGACAAGUAAAAACCACAAACUCUCCCUCCUUCUUUUCACAUUCCAUCAUCCACCUUAGAAGAACGUAAACACUCACUAUCUCACUUUUGCACAAACAGUUUGCCUGACUGAAUGAAAUGUUUCCCAUGUUUUGUUCUGAAUGCACAACAUUCAGAACUAAUGUACAUUAGUUGUGUUGUGUACAUGCAUACAUGUUUGUAUGUGAACAUUUUUGCAGGUAUGUUUGUAACAUUUGAGUGUGUGUCUGGACAGGCCCCGCCCCUUCUAGAUUUGUAUCACAUAUGAAUCCUAAACUUAAUGAUAAUAAACAUCCAGCAACUUGUUGCUUUAUGCUGCUUCAUGCUUUUACCCCCCCUACAAAUAUAAUUAAUAUGAAUAAAGUUUAGUCUAAAUUACAAAAGGGGUUUAUUCAAAUAUACACCUUAUGUGUCAAAAGAUCCAGAACCAGAAACAGUUUUCACUGAAUAAACAAGUUUGUCUCCAUGCUGACGUCCAGCAGGAGUGGGAAAGUGGAAAAAUGUUUCCCCCUGAUGAAGACCGGGACAUGAGAUCCAACCUCCGGACUCACAGGGAAGAAGCUGAAAUCUGUGGAAAAGGUGGAUUCUUCUGACUGGUCCUUCUGCUCCUGAAGACUUCCAGGGCGAAUAUGCAGAGCCGGAGGUAAAACAACGUCCCCUAGUUGAAAUGAAAUGUCACUCAAAUGAUACCAGUGUGCUACCUGUAAACGUCUGAUUACUAUUGAUGUAUGAACGCUUCAUGUACAUUAAAGUGUUUUUUGUGAAUAAAGGUGUGUUUUUAAUGAAAACAAACGGGUUUCUUCUAUUAAAAUGUGUUUUUUAUGAAUGAAAGUGUGUUUUCAGCAAAUCAAAUAGUGCCUCCUCUUAAUUAAAGAAGAAUUCUGUGAGAGAAAGUCUGUUUCCGCUAAAUCAGUCCAUUUCCUGAGAUUGAAAGUCGGUUUACUGUAAAUUAAAUUGUGUUUUCUGUCAACAUUAAAAUGUGAAAAAAAUGUUACUUUAAAUGAAAACCAAAGUAUGCUUUCUGUUAAUUAAAGUUUGUUUCCUGUAUAAGUGUGGUGAACAUGUUUCCUGUAAAUAAAAAUGUUCUUUUUUAAAAACCAAAGAAUGUUUCAUGCAUAUCAAAUUGAUGUUUUGUUGAUGUUUGUUUCUUGAAAAUAAAAGUGUUA